AUGCCUUGUAAAGCGCUUUCUGAUUUCAUGGAUGAAUGUGGCACUCGAGCAGACCUAUGGCGUGCGCUUACUCCAGCUUACCGAGAAGUUUCUUUGUCGAAAUGCGACAGUGCUGAAACCUUAACCGCUGACAUCAAAAUGGUGCUAUCGCUCUGGCGCAAUGCCUUCCAACAGCAGAGUCAACCAGUAUUGAUUACGUUUAAGGUAUUAAACGAGAAGUGUAAUGUUUCCCCGCUCAAAUAUCCAGUUUUUGGUGAAGAAGGUGUGAAAGACGCGCCAGCGCAUAGGAUAUCUACGCUGACAAGCAUGUUGCGGUGCGUCAUGACCAAAAUGGUGCACGAAGAAGUCUGCACCGUACGAGAUGUUUACUAUCAGAACGUAGAGCUUUACGGGAGGCAGAGGGUCGUCAGUGAUUGGCUCAAGGUUUUUCAAAGCGUAUUCCAGGUCUCGAAUCGGGACGUAUUUUGCAUAGUCGCGGCUCAAAAGGGACUGUGCUUUUUGCCCCAGGAUCUUUCAUGUGGAAAUUUGACACUUAAGGCAUCACAUAGCAAUCUGAUACCGUAUUUGGUGGAAAACACGGCGAUGACGUCCGACUGGAGCCGAAUAGGGCGCGUCAUAGUUUUGGAGAAAGACUCUGUCUUUAACAGAAUAAUCAAAAGCCCAGAAAUAUCUAACCAAACCUUAAUAGUGACAGGAAAGGGUUAUCCCGAUUUACUAACGCGCCGGUUCUUGUCCUGUCUCGCUAGAGCAUGUUCCGAUCACGUGACCUUUGAGAUAUACACUGACAGUGACCCUUACGGUAUUGACAUCGCUUUGAAAUACAUGGAGUCCGAAAGCGAAGACGUGGCAAAUGUGAGACGCCUCGUAUACAGAGGUGUCUUCAUUACCGACUUAAUAAAUGGGACUGGUAAUUUUUCUGAAUCGCUCCAACUUUUGCCUAUGUCGCCCCGGGAUUUCCGCUAUGCAACAAUUCUGCUAUCGAAAUUGAAUACAAAAGCCCUACUCGAGUCCCAAGCAACGCCUUUGAAAAGAGAACUACAAAGACAAUUGUUCUUUCUUCGCAAAGCUGAGAUGAAUGUUGUUCCAGAGGCCUCAUUCGCGUAUUAUUUUCAAAGAAAAAAAUAUUUGGGGCGAGCUGGGAAUUGA